AUGGAGUACUUCAUUCCAUUUGCUGACGUAUCAUUUGAUGUCAAGGUCCCUAGGUGGUACAAUGUAGAAUGUGCUGAAGUUCCCGUUGCAGCGCGUAAGGACUCAGCGCUUGCAGCAUGGGCUGAAGCCUUUUUGAGAGUACUCGACUACAAUUUGGAUACGAAUAAGGCCAGUGGCCCUGACGGGAUACCAGCUAAAGUUCUUAAAACAUGUGCUCCUGAGGUAUCUCCGGUUCUAACGCGCUUGUACCGCCUCUCUCUAAAAUCAGCUCAAGUUCCUAAAGCUUGGAAGAUUACCAAAGUACAACCUUUACCUAAAAAGGGUAGUCGUGCCGACCCGACCAACUAUACCAUCCUAUCGCUAUCACCUCCAUACUGUGUAAAAGUUUGGAGCGUAUACUGA